AUGUCGACCGCACUCCCUGCCGAGGUGUCGGUGCUCAUCCUGGGCGGUACCAAGCAUCACUCGCGCCCAUUGCUCAAAUGGCUCAUCGACCCGAGCAAAGAUGCCGACAGGUCCGGCGUCAAAAUCAGCCACGUCCGUCUCGCCGACAAGUACCUCGUGUCCAAUGGCACCAGCACCACCUACGUCGAGCCCGAUUUCUGGACCGUUCUCCAAGAUCCUCGCGUCGAGUACCGUCAAGUCAACCUCAAUGUCGAGUCGAAUCUCUCCAAGACGUACGACAUUCCGAACGGCGGCUCAUACGACAUGGUCUUUGACUUCACCGGCGAGGGGAUUGGCCAACCGGAGCUGCCCGAGGAGGUGCUGAUGGAACGAACUGCCAAGCUGGCUCGCUCGGUUGCCGCCGAGUCGGCACGCAGGAACGUGAAGGCGCACGUCCGUGAUACCAUCACCUUCCUCACCGUCGACGUCAACGCUGCGCCCAUCAAGGAGUCGGAUGUGGUCAAGCCCAAGACGGCGCGCGCCUACUGGUGGUACGAGGCCGAGAGGGCGGCUGCGAGCGUGCCCGAUCUGCCACUAGCCAUCACGCGGUCCGCCGAGGUCGUUGGGCCCUAUGUCCUCUCUGGCUCUAUCCCGUCGCGGUUUGCCUUCGGCUUCCUGUAUCGUCACCUCAAGGAGCCGCUCAAAUUUCUGUGGGGGCCCGAUUUGCGUCUGCACACCAUCCACGUUGAAGACUGGUGCCCCGCGAUGUGGGCGAUUGCUUCCUGGGUCGCCUCGCGCUCGCGCUCCUCUGCAGACGACCUCGCCGGCGAAUCCCUUCCGCCAGUACGCAUGAAGGACAAGUUGCAAGACACCUUGCGCGAGAAAGUCUCGGACUGCUGUUCCCGCACAGAAACACCGCGAGCACCUUUAUUCCACCUCGUCGACGAUACUGACUUCAACCAGGGAACGCUGAUCAACAUCAUCAGGGAGACGUAUGGCAUCGAAGCCGGAUUCGUCAAUCCCCUGGUCAACGCCUGGGCGCGACUCAACCUGCAGAGCGUCGCAGAGGACAUCAACGAAAAGCACGUCAAUGCUAUCGAGGGUAUUGUCAAGGAGACAGGCAUUCAGGAUGUUCUGAGCGGCUGGCUCGAUACCGAGCUCCUGGCCAACCAGUCGAUCGCGUUGGACGGGACCAAGAUCAAGCGCGUGCUAGGCUGGGGGCCCAAGAUCAAGGUGGACGGGCAGAGGUUAGAGGAGGUACUGGAUGCGUUGCGGGCGCUCAACCAGUUUCCCCCACGCGACUACUGA